AUGGGGGUUAUUGGUUAUAAGCAGAGGGAGGCUCUUCCUAUCGCCGGAGUGGCAGACCGACCAGCGGGCAGCCGGGCCAGCCUCCACCAUUCCAGUGUCUCUGCGCCCGCGGGGGCCGCCCGAGCCGGCCACCAUGCCGCUGGGCCUGAAGCCCACCUGCAGCGUCUGCAAGACCACGUCUCCUCCACGUGGAAGAAGGGCGCUCAGGGGGAGAUCCUCUGCCAUCACUGCACGGGCCCGGGCGGCGCGGGCGGCGGGGCUGCCGGCUCGGGGGCGGCGGGAGGGACUGGAGGCCGCAGCAGCGGCGACGACGGCGGCGGCAGAUUCCGCGCGGUGACCUUUGCCAGCACCUCCGCCGCCCCUCCGCAGAGUAAUGGGAGCGGGGGCGGCAAGCAGAGCCCAGCUCAGGAAGGAAGUACCGCCCGAAAAGGCUGCAGCCUAGGCUGUCUGUCACUUUUUCUUCACUCAGUCCUGCGUCUGAUCUCAUCUUCUGUCACUCAGGGCCUGAGAGGGCGGGGUUUUACACGUUAUUCAAUCAGCGACGCUGGGCUGGGAACCGUCCAAUCGCGCACGCAGCUGGAGCGGACCGGAAGGUUUCCGGAAUGUGGCGCGGCCUUUGUUUCCCGCUGCAGGAGCUCCGGGUCUCAUCUUCACUUCUCUGUGUCUUCUGCUCCUAGAGUCUCAGCCUCUGUGGCUCUGCGACCUGCAGCUAUUGGGAGUUCCACAGCUAUGACGCCGGGACCCCCUGGAGCCCUAGAAAUGGAGACACUGACUUUUAGGGAUGUGGCCAUAGAAUUCUCUCUGGAGGAGUGGCAGUGCCUGAACCCUGCUCAGCAGGAUUUGUAUAGAAAUGUGAUGUUAGAGAACUACAGAAACCUGGUCUUCUUGGGUAUUACUGUCUGUAAGGAAAACCCAAUCACCUGUCUGGUGCAAGGAAAAGAGCCCUGUAAUGUGAAGACACAUGAGAUGGUGGCCAGACCCAAUGCUAUGUGUUCUUAUUUUCCAAAAUACCUUUGGCCAGAGCAAGACAUAAAAGAUUCUUUUCAAGAAGUGAUACUGAGAAGGUACAGAAAAUGUGGACCUGAGAAUUUAAAGUUAAGAAAAGGCUGUGAAAGUGUGGUGGAUGAGUUUAAGGUGCACAAAGAAGGUUAUAAUGAACUCAACCAGUGUUUCACAACUACCCAGAGCAAAGUAUUUCAAUGUGAUCAAUAAAUGAAAGUCUUUCAU